CAGUGAAGAACAUAUGCAAUUAAUUAACAACUGUUGAUCAGGAAGUGUGACCUCACCUGCCUCUCCUCAGAAUGGAUAGUGCCUCUGUGCUUUAUGGAGCAGUGACAGCACUCUAUACAGCGGCUGUGAUAUUACAAGUCAUAAGGGGUGGCUUGAAGCUGGGUCUCUCGUGGGUUUUCAGCCUGUUUCUGGUGUUUGUAGGUGUGCCUCUGUGUUUUAUUAAACUCCCAGGUUACUCUGGGCUUCUCCUGCUCUCCUUCGGUUACCUAAUCUCCCACUUCGUGCUGGCCAGGUCUGAGAAACUCCUUUUAGUUGGCAACAAAGCAGUACUGAUUACAGGUUGUGAUUCUGGAUUCGGUCAUGCCUUGGCGAAACAUCUUCAUAAGCUGGGCUUUACUGUGUUUGCCGGGGUUUUGAAUGCACAGGGCCUGGGUUCUGAAGAACUGAAGAGAAGCGGUUCAGAGAGGCUUAUUGUCCUCCAGAUAGAUGUGACUGACACUGCACAGAUUGAGCAAGCCUAUUAUCAAGUUAAAUUACACAUUGAAGAAACAGGACUGUGGGGUAUAGUAAACAAUGCUGGUAUCCUGGAAUACAUAGCUGAUGGAGAGAUUCUUCCUAUGAGUAUCUACAAGAACUGCAUGGCUGUCAACUUUUUUGGAGCCGUGAAACUUUCACACACAUUUCUGCCAUUGCUACGACAGGCCAAAGGCCGACUGGUUAAUGUCUCCAGUAUGGCAGGGGAAGUCCCAAUUCCUGGUUUUGCAGCCUAUGGUGCUUCAAAAGCAGCACUUAACAGGUUUUCUAGUGUGAUGAGACAAGAACUUUCCAAGUGGGGUGUGACAGUGGUCACAGUACAGCCUGGAGGUUUCCAAACAAGUAUUUACGGCACAGAAGAACAAUGGAACUACCGCCAGGAGCAAAUCCUUUCCCAACUCUGUCCAGAUGUUAAAGAAGACUAUAGUGAGCAAUGCAUCUAUUUAUUGCACAGCAUUCUCCCAAAGAUGCCCUCUGGGUGUUCUAAGGAUCUUCAGCCUGUCCUGGAUGAUAUUCAUCAUGCACUGAUGGCUAACAGCCCGAGGCACCUCUACACUCCAGGGAGAGGAGCCUGGGCCAUCCCCUUCAUUUACAACUACUUUCCAGUCGCCAUCUCUGACUUUGUCAUUAAAACCAUUGAUCCAAGAACCAACCAGCAGGGGUCCAGGGAGAAUACAACCCUGCCAACAACAAGCUGUAACCAGCACAUGAAUUCGAGUCCAGGACAAAAUACAACUUGAUCUGUUUAUGCGCAAAUGGAGAUGCCCUUUUCAACUCUAACCUGACAAAGCUAUUAUGUGUCUGAGGUUAUUACUUUUACAGUAAUGGCAUUUUAAUAUUUAGAUGACCGGCCAGGUUUCAUCUGAAAUUUUACAAUAGUUGUGAUCUCAACAAAUAUCUGGUUCUGAUAUUUGACUUUCUAAUAAAUCUGCUUUCAUUUUUUUCAGA